CUGUUUAACCUGAACCAUACCGGCGUCCCGUCUACGGGACGGUUCAUACUCAUUUGCGGCAUGUGGUAAAAACUGCGACGAUUCGUAAAAUAUAUUUUUUUUUGUCAUAGGCAUGUCUUAUAUCGCCAGAAAGCUUGGAAUCUCGUUAAACUAAUUAUAAUAUGCAAUUUAAAAAAGCUAUUACGACGACCAAACACGGUGCAAUUGUUUCAGGACAGUCAACAAAAACAAAAUACUUUACUGUAGGCACUCGGUUUCAUUUUUCAUGUAUCACGGAAAAUUUUGUACUUACAUUACUGAACCUCCGCAGAUUUCUUAUCCCUCUGUUCCCAGAGAGGACGGGAAGCAUAUUUUUGCUUGGUAAAAUCCGUUUUAAUUUUCAUAGUAUCCAUGCGUCACAGAAUGAAAAAUGACUCGAUCAACAUGCAACCAAACUAUUCAUGCUAUCCAGACCGUAACACAAGUAUUUUCCCCGUGACAUUUGGUAUGUCUGUAAUGAUUAGACACUCAGGAAGAUAACUAGCCUUAUUCCGAGAUUCUACACAGCGAAUUGGCUGCGCAAUACCUCAGUAAACCCUAGUAGCGCGCCUCACGUUACGCACCAAUAAGAUGGACCAAGACAAACUUGAAGGACAAUAUCUUCCUCCAAUGACGACCAAUUAAUUUGAAACAUAGCUAGCUAGAUAGCCAAUGAGCUGGCCUUUCUUGUGAUGUGGGAAUGUGCACUGUGGGAAGAAUGGGCUGGAAUCUAGAGGUGUGCUCAACCAGACACCCCUGCAUCAUUUCGAAUUGAGAGAGCAUCAGAGCGCGCUAGUAUUUUCGUUACGCACAUUGUUGCUAGUACUUAGUAGUUACUUCUUCUUGUUAUUUCGAUCAUUUUAAACAUUUCGAAUUUGAACAUGGCUCCUAAAAGUGGGAAAGCGAAAUCCAAGACCAAGUACACAUACUUGGAGGAGAUUUUUGAGGAGAUUCAGCGAGAGAGUGACCGAGAGCUAGACAAGGACUCUCUUAGUGAACUAAGUUUUGAUUCUGGCGAGGAAGAAUUGUUCUUGGAAGGAAAGGAUCCCGUUUUAGAUUGUGGAAGCGACUCAGACUCGGAUGAUCUCUGGGAGCCGGCUGCAAAGAGACAACCACAAUCAAGCAGUCCUGCCCUCACUACUUCAGGAGCAUCUACAUCUGCCAUUGUUUCUGGGUCUACAACAAGCACACCUUUUGUCUCCAAAAUCACUCCAGGUCCGAUGUCAUCCACACCUACCCCCGUCCGGCCAUCCAGAGGUGUGAAGAGACCAGCCCAGAGACAAAGACGGGCCAGUGCACCAGCUGACACCCCCACUGAGGGAGAGGACCGUUGGCACACAGUACUGGAGGAGGAUGUGGAGCCACGUCCACCCACAUUCAGGCCUAAAAGGCAGCCUGGACCUCAGCUGGACAUGACUGGGACAUACAGCCCCCUCCAUCUGUUCCAGCUGUUUAUUACUACCUCUGUUCUUGCGACGCUGGUGUCGAACACCAACAAGUAUGGGACUAAAAAGCAAGCUUGAAAAAAAGAGGCAUGGAAGACCAUUUCCAUCAAUGACAUGUACUCCUACAUAUCACUGGUCAUUUACAUGGGGAUUGUGCUCCUCUAGCAUUCCUGCCUCCUCUAGCACUCCUGCCCCAGGACCUGCCUCCAGUGGUGCGCACAUACCAAAGUAUCUGGUUGCAGACCUGAAUGUGCCUCAAGGCCAAAAGGGUACAGUUGGAAGGCGCCGUUGUACCCUGUGCCAUAAAAAGUCACCUAUUACCUGCACAACUUGUGGUGUCACCCUGUGCUUUACAACAGAAAGAUACUUUUAUGGUACUUGGCAUCAGCAGCAUAACAUUAUGUAGAGGGUUGACUUGGGUGAUCUGGACCCUCAAUGUGUACAAAGUUUUUUUUUCACUUUUUGUUUGCUGUGGUUUGCUGUUUGCACUUUUGACAUUAGAUCAGUGUUGGCUUCUAACUUAGCCCUUAUUGUAAAUCGUUCACUUAUUUUGGGGGGCAUUGGAUCAGCGUUCUCGUUGGGCCUCCUGUCAGUACCUUUAUGAAGAGAAACCAAUGAUCCACCAUGUAUGACAUUUCUGGGAGUGUGUAAACCUUAUUUGUUAUUACACUUGUAUUUUUGAAUAAUCUCUGUUGUCAUAUGCUUGGAAUUUAAUCAUUUAUCCAAUUUGGCCACUUGGGUAGAUUUGGGGACACUCGGGAAGGACACUUGGGAGUCCUCUUACAGAAUAUUCUGCAGCUCUAUGGUCAUUCAAUGUAGCUGCCUAAAACUUUACCUACAGUCUCCUGCCUUCUAAGGGACACUACUUGAAGUGUCUCCAGCCUCCUAUCUCAAUGCAUGGCCUUCCCACUGCAUUUCAAACAUGAUGAUAAAAAUAAAAAAAAUAAAAAACGUAUGUUUUUGGUUUGUUUUAUCUUCUGCCAAA